CUGCUGCUGCCAGUCUCCAGGUCCCUAGCCUUUCUCGACUCGACAGCCCCAACAGCUCCUUCGACUCGACACCACCAUGCUCGUCUCUACCCUCUUCGUCCAGGCCCUCCUUACCACAACAGCCUUCGCACUACCCUCCUUCAAGGAGCGCCACGAGGCCCGCGUCGCUCGCCGAGCUAGCGGUGUUCGGUCGUCACAUCCCAGAAUCACCAAUGAGACCUAUACGGAGUACAGCCCAAACUGGGCUGGUGCUGUCUUGAGCUCAGAUGCAGGCACGUACAAGAGCGUCACUGCGACGUUCACAGUUCCGACUCCGCAGGAGCCCUCGGGUUCUUCUGGCUCGCACUCCGCGGCUGCCUGGGUUGGUAUCGACGGCGACACCUGCCAGAAUGCGAUCCUACAAACUGGCAUCGAGUUCACCAUUGAUGACGGCCAGGUGUCUUACGAGGCCUGGUACGAGUGGUACCCCGAACCCUCAUACGACUUCACGGAUAUCAGUAUCAGCCCCGGCGACAGCGUCACGCUCUCUGUCACCGCGUCGAGCACGACAUCGGGCACGGUCGUCAUCACGAACGAAAGCAAUGGCCAGUCCGUGACGCAGGCGGUUUCGUCGAGCUACGAGCUCUGCCAGCAAGAUGCGGAGUGGAUCGUCGAGGACUUCGAACAGAACGGAUCGCAGGUGCCUUUCGCCAACUUCGGCACCGUCACCUUCGCCGGCGCAUCCGCUGGCACGAGCUUGGGCUCGGUUGGCCCCUCCGGCGCGACCAUCUGGGAUAUUGAGCUGAACGACCAGGUUGUGACUUCUGCUUCAGUCUCCGACUCGAGCGUCACUGUCUCUUACGUGUAGAACGGCACGAGUUGCGAAACUCUCUGCGAAACGAGUGUCAGCUUUGGAUUUUGAGAGCGGUAGAGUGGAAGUCGUCUGGGGAAGUAUUUAAUCCUACUGUUUCUACAUUUGCAUGUUGGCGCACCGACUGUUGUUCUAUGCUUCUGAUAUAUUUCUCGGAAAUUAAAGUGUAGUAGUGCUUGUUCGUUAGUCCAUGAGACGUGGAACUUU